GUCUUAUCAACGGUAAAAUGUAUUGGAUCAGCGAAUCGCCGAGGAGAGCCAUAAAAAAGGCAGGACCCGCGGAAGAGAGCAUCUGGCGUCGCUUCCACAAAAAGUAUUUGGUACCCAUGGGGAUCCAGUAACUCCUCUGCUAUAGUACAUAUUUGACAAGCUAUUGUCGGCUCGAGCUUGCACUCCAGCUUCACGUUCAGUGUGGUUCAGACGCGCGGAGCUUCUCAGCGUUUUACUCAAAGUUUGGUUUUUGUCAGUUGGUGAGACCACCCCAACAACACAGCAGUCAUGGACGCCAUCAAGAAGAAGAUGCAGAUGCUUAAACUCGACAAGGAGAAUGCCCUGGACAGAGCUGAGGGAGCUGAGGGAGACAAGAAGGCAGCGGAGGACAAGAGCAAACAGCUUGAGGAUGACCUGGUAGCGCUGCAGAAGAAGCUGAAGGGAACAGAGGAUGAGUUGGACAAGUACUCCGAGUCUCUUAAGGAUGCCCAGGAGAAACUUGAACUCGCUGAGAAGAAAGCCACAGACGCCGAGGCUGAUGUAGCUUCCCUGAACAGACGUAUCCAACUGGUUGAGGAGGAGUUGGACCGUGCUCAGGAGCGUCUGGCCACAGCUCUGACCAAGCUGGAGGAGGCUGAGAAGGCUGCUGAUGAGAGUGAGAGAGGCAUGAAGGUGAUUGAAAACAGAGCAUCGAAGGAUGAGGAGAAGAUGGAGCUGCAGGAGAUCCAGCUGAAGGAGGCCAAGCACAUCGCUGAGGAGGCUGACAGGAAAUACGAGGAGGUCGCCCGUAAGCUGGUCAUCAUUGAGAGUGAUCUGGAACGUACAGAGGAGCGCGCUGAGCUCUCUGAAGGCAAAUGUGCUGAGCUUGAGGAAGAGUUGAAGACUGUCACAAACAACCUGAAGUCUCUUGAGGCUCAGGCAGAGAAGUACUCACAGAAGGAGGACAAGUACGAGGAGGAGAUCAAGGUUCUCACAGACAAGCUAAAGGAGGCUGAGACCCGUGCUGAGUUCGCUGAGAGGUCCGUGGCCAAGCUUGAGAAGACCAUUGAUGAUCUGGAGGUUAAAUUGUUUACAUCAUUUCACAACCAUCACAGACGGUGGUUGAGAGGCCUCUCUCUACUACAACUAUGUGGCAGUAUCGCCCAACAUCCUGUCCCCUAUGUCUCCACGUCUCUUCUCUACCACAGCACCACCGCACACUGGGCCUCUGCUGCUGCUGCCAUCCUAUAGACCACCUUUUGUACAGAACCCUGACUCAUUUUGCUUUCUGUAAAAUAAACUUUACAUCCAUCCA